CUACAGCUGUAUGUUCCGGUUUUUCCACUCAAAUUUGUGUGCACACUGUUUGUUUGCCGGCCUUUUCUGCAUGCAGAUGAGUUUCAAUAAAUAGUGUAUUUCUUAUAAUAAAUUAAACAAUUAAAAUGGCUGACGAUGAACAAGACGAUCAAAAGGAGUAUCGCUGGGAGACUGGCUACGAGAAAACAUGGGAAGCCAUCAAGGAGGACGACGAUGGACUGCUGGACGGUGCCAUUGCCGAGCUCAUACAGAAGGCGAAACGCAAGCGACAGGCGGAAAAGACGAAACAAAAUCGUUUGGGCAUGAUGCGGCACAUGUUCAUCGUGCUCGAUUGCUCCGAGGCGAUGAGCGUGCCCGAUUUGAAGCCCACCCGUUUGCUGUGCACCCUCAAACUUCUGGAGAUCUUUAUUGAGGAGUUCUUCGAUCAGAAUCCCAUCAGUCAGCUGGGCAUCAUAGCGCUAAAGGCAAAACGUGCCGAGAAAAUAACCGAACUGACGGGCACAUCGCGUGUUCAUCUGAAGGCGCUGGCCGGCAUGGCCAAUGUGUCGCUGACCAGCGAACCUUCGCUGCAAAAUGGCCUGGAUUUAGCGUUGAAGACACUUAAGGUGGUUCCUUCGCAUGCGUCGCGUGAAAUUGUCAUCAUAAUGGGCUCGCUGACGACCUGUGAUCCCGUGGACAUUAAUCUGACUAUUGAUGAGCUGAAGAAGGAGCGUAUACGCUGCUCCGUUAUAUCCUUAUCUGCCGAAAUCCAUAUAUGUCGCUAUCUGACCCAACAGACGAUGGGCACCUUUGGUGCUGUGCUGGAUGAUUCGCAUUAUCGUGACCAGCUGCUGUCACAGGUGGAUCCGCCACCGGCUGCCAAGACGCAGGACAAUUCACUGAUACGCAUGGGCUUUCCGCACAGCAAGAACGAGGUCGAAGGCAAGGAUGAACCGCUCUCCAUGUGCAUGUGCCACAUCGAGAAUCUUGAGGAGCCCAGCGGACUGUCAACGACCGGCCAUCAUUGCCCCCAAUGCAACAGCAAGUACUGUGAACUGCCCGUCGAAUGCCAGUGCUGUGGCCUGACUCUCGUUUCGGCGCCGCAUCUGGCACGUUCCUAUCACCAUCUGUUUCCUGUGCCCAACUUUGAGGAGCUGCCAUUUGAGUCGGUGCCACCGGCGGCGCCCGAUUGCGGCAGCCUGCGCAAAUGCUAUGCCUGCAUCAAAGUGCUCAACGGGUUGACCGACAAGAGUGUGUUCAAGUGCGGCUACUGCAAUCAGUUCUUUUGCAUCGAUUGUGAUAUAUUCAUCCAUGAGACGCUGCAUGCCUGCGUCGGCUGCAACACCAUUCCAGGCGUUGCCGGUUUGGUCUACCAAAAGCAGAGCGGCAAAACUCCGAGCGGCGACACUCAGCAGCAACAGCAGCCGAAAACUAUGCUUCCCUCCACCUCGAAGCAGCGCGUUGAAUAUAAUAUGUAAUCCAAUGGCUUGUGCAUCUUGGUACCUCAUCCGAUUUAGGCGUAAUGCAUGCAUUACUGAAACAAGAUUGAUAUGUGUAGACUUAAUUAGACUUAGGCGUAUAAGUUGCAUUUAAUAUGCACAUAUAAAUUGUUACCACUAAGUUUUUGUUUGAA